AUGGUUUUCUCCUCUAUUGUACUUCACUGGAUAGAGAAACCAAACGAGAUACUCGACAAAGUUGGUGGCGUGGGUUCUUCUGAACUAGCGCCUGCUACUUCAACAGAGAUUCAAGUUGUUGAUGAGGUUAAUACUGGAGUCAGAGUUGAUAUGGUUGGAUCAGGUUCUCAAAAUAAGAAGAUAGCUAGUGUCAUUGUCUCACCACCCUUGAGAACGGCAACAAUGGAGUCUAAUGUAACAAUCCGUAGUAAGAGUGUUACUCGCUCCCUGUCUUUUGCGAAUGACGAGUCAGUAUGUGAGGAGGAGCAAGUCAUUGGUGCCUUGGCUGAGAUGGAAAAAAGUGAAACAACCGCGGCAAUGGGGAUGGUAAUAUGA